CCUGGUUCGAACGAAGUCUGCAGAUAUCAGGAUGGCUAGCGGCGAGUUACAGCGUCUCGAUAGUCAACUCAGGUCACUUGUGAGUGAGCACUAUCGGCUCAUGAACGCCGCUGGGGCACUUCGUUAUAGCAGGUGUUCUACUGCGAAUCAAAGUCUUCAACGAGUUCAACAAGAGAUUAUCAAUAAGGCUUACGAGCUUAAACAUUUCAUCGAACAAUCGGCAAGCACGGCCCCAAAAAUUGCCACAGCGACAGGUAUAAACCAAAGAGCUAGCCCGAGUGGUGUCCUCACCAAAGGGGCUGUUCAUCGGAAAACACCCACAGCAAACGUCAAUACAACAACGGUUGUUGCGGGUAUCCAAUCAAGCCCAUUUUGUGAUGGUCAGGUGUCACCUAGUUGGGUAACGACGCACGAUAUCCUUGAGAUUCGAACAGGUCGUAACGUUGUCGAUAACAGAUAUGCGCCCAACAGCUCUAAAAAAGGUCGCAGUGAUAGUAGUGGAACUUCAAACGGUUCGCCAGCUAUUCGAAUAGCCAUUAAUAAUAAACUCCUUGCUUGUUUCCCUCAAAUAGUUAAGCCAUGUGAGAUGCCAUCUUGCGUAAGUGCGGAUCCAGUCAUGUCCAAUAAGGAUCCGCGUGGACAACAAGCAUUGUUUCUAGCAAAUCUCGGUCUCUGCACAAUCGAUAGGCACCGAGAGCUGGUGGCUAUGACGUUAAGCCGUGGUAAACAACGACGUCGACGGAAGACCGCUAAACCGUUGUUUUCUGCAAAGGCUCUGGUGGCACGCAAUGAAUUCAAAAAAAGAAGCAGAAAGGGAGAAAGAUUACGCAAAGGAAAUCAAGCUUCCAGACAGGCUGACGAAACGAAUCUGCGUCAAGAACCUACGCAAGAUAGUCAACAUUUGUAGUAGCUUCUCUAAAGGGUACAUACUUCCAUCCACCAGCUGAUUACAGAUCAUAGCCAACCCAAUGCUUCAUCUUGCAAGUACUGAUCAAAAUCAAUAUUGCCUUCACGGGGCAGAAGAUCUCGUCUGUUUCAUUCAUCUCAUCUAGAGUCGAGCGAUUAGGAAACGUUUUGCUUGACCGAUGCUGGUAUUCUAACACGUACCUCUAAGGCGUACCCUAAUAUGAGAAAUUACGAUUGCAAUAAAGUACAUGCUAACGAUCCCAAGCGCUCAUUCUUAGUAAACGUUCGAUGCUAAUGAAGUAUAUGAGUCAGGCAUAAAAAUAGGAAUAUUGUUCUCUAACAAACAUAACAUUAUUUCGGCUUAAUGACAAAUGUGUCGUCAAUUUGGGGG